AUGAACAUAACGGACCAAUUAAGAAUCCCGGACAGUUAUCAGGAAGCUUUUGCAAAAAAUAUUAUUAUUGUUUUAUUUGCUAUAAUCAUUAUUUUUAUAAAUGGAAUGUUAGUGGUCACUUUCUUUUUCAAUCCCGUCUUUCAUAGUGAGUCCAGGUACAUUUUAUACAUUAACCUUGUAAUAAAUGAUACCCUCAUGAUUUGCAUAUCAGUGACUUUGUAUGUGUUUACAUAUGCAUUGCCUAAUAUAAAUGUAUUUGUUUGUUGUACACUGUUAGCAAUAGCAUCAACUACUUUUAUGAACACUCCUUUAAAUUUGGCUGGCAUGGCUGUAGAACGUUACAUUGCAAUCUGUAACCCCCUGCAUCAUGCACGGAUCUGCACGGUGAAAAGGACAUAUAUGCUAAUCUGUUUGCUAUGGGGAAUUGGUGCUAUCCCUGCAAUAACCGACAUCAUCAUUACCAGUGCAAGUCAACCCAUUACUUUUUUUUAUUCGCUCACAUUCUGCCAACCUAUUACUGUGUACAACACAGCCUAUCAUGCAAAAAAGACCAUUGCUACACAGACUAUUUACAUGUCUGUUGUCUGGAUAAUUUUGAUCUAUACCUAUUUUAAAGUUCUUUUUAUAGCUAAAGCUGUCUCAUCUAGCCAUCAUCAAAAUUUAGCUAAGAAGGCCCGAAAUACAAUCCUGCUGCAUGGUUGUCAGUUACUUCUCUGUAUGAUGUCUUAUGUAUCACCUCUCUUGGACAUGCUAUUAAUUCCAUUUUUUUCAACUCAUCGAACAAAGAUCACCUUCUUUAACUAUUUACUUACAAACAUUGUACCAAGACUCUUGAGUUCUCUAAUUUAUGGAAUCCGAGAUAAGAAAUUUGUGAGGGAUAUUAAAGGAUACUUUUCUUGCAACAUAGUCCUUGUAAAGGUUAGAUUAUCACAUAUGUGA